AUGGCAAGACACGACAUCCCACGCCACAAUGGCAAUGCCAACGCGUCGACCGACGCCGCUGUCCAGCAUGGCGAGACCUCGCCCCUCCUCGCCGCCACGCAGCCCAUCCACGGCAACGUCCCGCCCGGCGCCAAGGCCGUCCCGGGCCUCCUCUGGAUCGAGGCGGCCUUGUUCACCAAUGUGUUCCUGGCCGGCUUCGACGGCACCGUGACGGCCUCGACGUACGCCGUCAUCACGUCCGAGUUCCAGAGCGCCAACCUGGCCGCGUGGAUCUCCACGUCGUACCUCGUCACCACGACGGCGCUGCAGCCGCUGUACGGCCGUCUCUCGGACAUUGUCGGCCGGCGCGCCUGUCUGCUGGCGGCCACCCUGCUCUUCGGCCUCGGCUGCCUCGGCUGCGCGCUCAGCCCCAACCUGGGCCUGCUGAUUGCCAUGCGCGCGCUGGCGGGCGCCGGCGGCGGCGGCCUCAUGACGAUGGCGACCAUCAUCAACACGGACCUCAUUGCGCCGGAGCAGCGCGGCAUGUACCAGGCGGGGCAGAACAUCUUGCACGGCGUGGGCGCCAUCCUGGGCGCGUCGCUGGGCGGCACGCUGGCCGGCUGGCUGGGCUGGCGGUUCGCGUUUCUGGUGCAGGUGCCCAUCUGCCUGGCGGCGCUGGUCGUGGCCCGCGUCGUGGUGCCGAAGAGCAUUGUGCCCCGGCGGCACCGCGCCGUUGUCAAGCCUGACGGUGAUGCUGCUGACGUCGAGUCUGUCGUUGGUGGCAACGCGCGAGGACCCUCGACGGCCACGGCGACGCGGCCCAUGUCGACGUGGGAGCAGGUCGACUUUCUCGGCGCCGUCCUGCUCAUUGCCGGCCUGUCCCUCUUUCUGGCGGCGCUCAGUGCCGGCAGCAACAACGGCGGUGCCGGCGCGGCGCUGGCGUGGGCGCAGCCGUCGGUCCUCGGCUGCCUCGGCGGCAGCAUUGUGCUGCUGGUCGCCUUUCUCGCCGUCGAGGCCCGCACGACGGCCGUGCCCCUGCUGCCGCUCAGCAUGCUCCACGGCGUCGAGCGCGUGUCCCUGCUCGUCGCCAACGUCUGCCUCGGCAUGUCCGGCUACGGCUUCCUGUUCCUCAUGCCCCUCUUCUUCCAGGCCGUGCUGCUCGACUCGGCCGCCGUCGCCGGCCUGCGCCUCGUCGCCUCGUCGCUCGCCACGCCCCUCGGCGGCCUCACGACGGGCCUCGCCAUGAAGUUUCUGGCCCCGCGCUACGCGGCCAACGCCAACGCCCUCCUGACCGCCUUGGCCCGCGGCGGUGCCCUCGUCCUGCUCGCCGGCGGCGUCACCAACCUCGCCCUCGGCAUGCACGACCCCUCCUGGCACUACGCCGCCUACCUCACCGUCGGCGGCUUCGGCCAGGGCAUGUCCUACCCGGCCAGCCUCUUCCGCUUCAUCGGCGCCUGCGACUUUGGCGAGCACGCCGUCGCCACCUACCUCGUGUACCUCGUGCGCUCCGUCGGCUCCGUCGCCGGCGUCGCCGCCAUCUCCACCAUUGUGCAGACACACCUCCUCGCCCGGCUCACCGACGUCUUUGCCGGCACCCCGGGCGGCGCCGAGCUGAUUGACACGCUGACGCACUCCGUCGAGGCCCUGCGGGAACUGCCCACGGACACGCGCGUCGUCGUGCAGGGCAUCUACUACGAGGCCUGCCGGCGCGGACUGUACUUUUUGCUGGCCGUGGGCAGUGUCACGGUGGUGUGCACCUUUUUGCUGUCGACGAAGCCAAGAAAGUAG